AUGCUUCACCAUUACACCAGCGCCGGCAAUCAUCAGGACGUUGCUGCUGGUAGCCCCAGCGCCAUGGCUUCUUCCACCUUCUCGCUCUUCUUCCCGCUGCCCAAGGGACAGUGGCCGCCGGCGGCGGAGGAGGCCUACGACGACCACAGCACCGUCACCACAUCUCCUUCCUCGCCUUCCUCGUCGUCCACCGGCUCUGUCGACUGCACGCUCUCGCUCGGCACGCCGUCGUCCCGCCGCGCAGAGCCGGUUGCUGCGCCGGCCAUCUUUGGGGCGCCGCCGGCGGCGCAUUGUCCUUCGCUGCCAGCCACCGUGCCGUGGGACACGUCUGCUGAGUCUUACUAUUGCCAGCAGGGGAAGCCGGCGGCGGGCGUCGCCAAGUGCGCCGUCGGCCACGACACGCUCAUCGACCGCCGCUGCGCCAACUGCAGCACGACGUCGACGCCACUCUGGAGGAACGGGCCCCGCGGUCCCAAGUCUCUGUGCAACGCGUGCGGGAUCAGGUACAAGAAAGAGGAGCGACGCGCGGCGGCGACGGCCGACGGCAACGGCGCCGGGUCUCAUGGUUUCACAGCGCACCGGGCACGCGGGUCCUCGGCCAAGGCAGCGCCCGCCGUGACGUGCAGCGAGGAGACAUCGCCGUACCUCGGCGCGGGCGGCGACGUCGCCGAUGCGCCGUUUCUUGCGUGGCGGCUUAACGUGGUUCCACCGGCGGCGGCGGCGGCGACGGCGCUCUCGGUGUGGCCGGAGCGGGCAAGCAUCUUCCAUUACAACUAGUGUAGUGUAGUGUUGCUUGGGGGGAGCAUAGCAGUAGCAGUGGGAGCUGCACCGUAUUUUUGGGGAACAUUUUGUACGGUUGCACGCGACCGAUUGACCCGUCUGUAUGCAUGUGUUGUGUAGCGCGUUAGCUAGUCUCUGUGUGAUGACUACUCUGCUCGUUAAAACGAGCUGAUUCCGA